AUGACGGCUGUUGAGAGUAGCCAACGUGUAAAGGAAGAAAAGGAAAAGGAGGAGGAGGAAUUACGUCUACAUCCACUUCAAGACUCGUGGUGUUAUUAUUUGUUCCAGUUCAAAAAGGGACUCCUUUGGGAUGCAUGUCUAGAAAAAGUGGCAACCUUCAGCACUAUUGAGCACUUCUGGAGUAUACUCACUCAUACAAUUAGACCAAAAGAGAUAACUAAUGGCAGCGAUUUAUAUAUGUUCAAAUCUGAAAUUAUGCCGAAAUGGGAGGAUCCGAAAAAUGAAAAUGGGGGACGUUGGCUAAUCAAUGUUUCUCCACGACAAGACGUCAAUUUCUUAUGGGAUGAAUUGUUGAUGCUUCUGAUCGGUUCCGACUGGGAUACAGAUGAAGAGGAUAAACAGAUAUGUGGAGCAGUGUUCCAACCACGGGCUCGGGGUAGCAAGCUUUCAGUUUGGCUGACUAGUGACAAUGAAGAAGAAACUAUCGUAAGAAUUGGGAAGCGAAUUAAAGAGCGUUUAGAAUUAGAAGAUACAAUAUACUUUCAACCUGUUUCUGAUCAACGAUCACAGACUAGAGGCAGGGAUAUUUGUACUGGAAAAUAUGAAAUUUAG